AUGGCCGCCAACGGGAUCCGGGCGAUUGUCGCCAUGGUCCUCCUCGCGGGCGCCGUCGUCAUGACGCUCUUCGUCUUCCUUGCCGGCGUCACAAACACCAUCCCCUUCAGCAACACCUACUUCCUCCAGUCAGAGACCCAGGGCAUCACUGGCGCCCGCCAGGUCUCCCAGUGGGCGUACUUCUACAUCUGCGCCCCCGGCAACGUCGACUGCAGCGGCGCCUGGCCCGCUCCCUCGGUCGGCUGGGCCUGGUCCUCGGGUGCCCAGGGCGUCCCGGCAGAGCUCAUUGGCGACUAUGGCAACGGCACCACGUCCAUGUACUACUACUACAUGUGGCGCUUUGGCUGGGUCACCUACCUCAUCGCCUUUGCCUUUGCCGUCUUUGCCCUGCUCGGCGGCUUCCUCGCCUGCCUCGGACGCCUUGGUGCCGCCUUGUCCGGCCUCCUAGCCGGCUUCAGUCUAUUCUUCUACACCAUCGCCGCGUCUCUCAUGACCGCCACCUUCGUCAAGAUGCGCGACGUUCUCCAGGCAAACGGCCACCCGUCGUCCAUUGGUCAGUACGGCUUCGGCUUCACCUGGGCCAGCUUUGCGUGCGUCUUCCUCGCGACCAUCAUUUUCUGCAUCGGCGUCCGUGGUGAUGGCUCGUCCAGCAUGCGCCGCCGCAAGAGCACUCGCAGCAGCCGCAGCCGCAGCUCCAUCGGCAGCCGUCGCGUCAAGGACGACUACGCCUGA